AUGGGGUAUUUAAUAUUUGAUUCCGAGAAUAUCUCGGAUUCAGAGUUCAACAUCUUUGAAUCUCUUCAAUACUAUCCAAAGACAACAGAUGUUGUUCUUGAACGUUGCUAUAGCCGAAGUUCGAGUUUCAGUAGUGUGUUUUUGAAUGAAAGUUGGGGUGAUCUUCCAUUAAAGAUGAAUGAUUCCGAGGACAUGUUGAUUUACACUGCUUUACGUGAGGCGGCGAACUCCGGGUCAACUGCACGUGCACCCAACGAGGUUGAUUUAAAAACGGCGCCGGGAGCUGUUGGAAACUCUUUUAAGGCGGAGGCGGCGGUGUGGCCGAGGGGGAUGCUUUAUAAAGGGGUAAGAAGAAGGCCGUGGGGAAAAUAUGCGGCGGAGAUUAGAGACAGUAGGCAGAAAGGUAGGAGGAUUUGGCUGGGGACUUACGAGACGCCCGAAGAUGCUGCGUUGGCUUAUGAUAAAGCGGCGUUCGAAAUGCAUGGGGCUAAGGCGAAACUGAAUUUUCCUCAUUUGAUUGGAACUGAUUGUUGUCGGGAGCCGAUUAGAGUCGGCCCAAGGCGCCGCUCCUCAGACCCUUCCGCAGCCUCCUCGGUAAUGCCGACGAAGAGGAAGAGCGGUGAAAGUAACAGUGAGGCGGAUGCAGCCUUAGCUGCGGAACACCAGUUUUGA